AUGAAACCCUCUCUCGCCCGCGGGGCGAUACUCUUUGCCCUAUCGGGUGCCAGCAUUGUCCUCGGCCAAGACUUUUCGAGCUCUAGCAGCGUUGAUCAGAUACCUCAGACAAUCACAGAUUCCGUGCCAGAGGUGUCAACGUCUUUGCUUGAUGUAUCCGUCACCGAACCUCUGGAGGGCGAACCGGGCGAGACAGAACCAGCAGAUCCGGAAAUGACUGCCAGUGAGCUGACCGACUCCUCAAGCAAAGUAGAAAUAGACACCGAAACCAUGGAAACAACUCUGGCCACUUCUUCUGAAAUUAGCCCAAUCGAAUCGUCGGCAACGUCUACUGAAGCUGCCGAAACUCCCUCGUCUACCGAUGAGAUCGGAGAUGAAAAUGAGAUUACGCUCGUAACAGAUCCCUCGCUUCUCAAAAACUCCACAGAACAAUUUGUUCCUGUUGAAAUCACGCCGGAGAACUAUUUAGCGGAAGAAGCCGUUAACAAGCCUAUCACGGAACUUUCCGAAGAAGACGCCAAAGAGAUUGCUAUUCUCGAGGGGUCCCUUUUCAACGACUUUGUGGAGAGCGCGCCAGCGCCGGUUGACGAUGGCAUGCUUUCUAUUCCAUUGAACACAUCCGAGUGCGAUGUCAACCUAGAAAAGAGGAUCUGGCCGUUUAAGGACUACAAAGACGUACGACAGUGCAUCCCUAUCCGGUCGCUCGAGUUUGACGUGCAUUAUAACUUUAUCCUCCCAACCACAUACGGCUCAGUGCCUCCGGAUCUCUGGAGAAGGGUUGGCGUGAACCAUGGCGUCUUGAUGGACGUUUUUGGACCACUUGGUAUCACCCUUACCAUCCGAACUGCGCAGAACUGGUGGCCUCCAACCAAUGGCUCCAACAGCAACUGGACCACCGUCAAGCAGGACGAGGAGCGGCUACGCCGCUGGCAGCGCCAAAGCCACAAAGGUGGUAAGAUGGCUUUGAAUAUCUGGAUGGUUCCUGGCCUGGCCGACUUCGAAGUCAAUGGCGUCAGUAUGAGUCUUUUCGGGUAUGCCACAUUCCCCAGAGACAUCGCGCAGAAGGGGAAGACCGACGGUAUUGUUUUGAGAGAAGACUUGAUGGACAAUUUUGUGCAAGGCACGCGACGAGGUAGCACGCUCAUUCACGAAGUUGGCCACUGGCUGGGUAUCUACCACACCUUUGGCAGGGUCGUAUCCGACGCGGCUGAAGAUUGCAAGUAUGAUGAUGGCCUACUCAAAUCUACUCACACGCGCGGUCACGAAGAUAGCGUGUUUGAGUGCGUUCAGAUCCCGUGCGCCUCAGAGAAAAGAUUCAGCAUCUAUAACUGGAUGAGUUAUUCCGAUUGUCCCGGCGGCCCUGGUGCCACUCGUGGAUUUACAACGGAUCAAAAGGCCGCGAUGUUUGCACGAAGCAUAUACUGGCGGCGUGGCAUUAGAAAUGCCGAGUGCAACCCCUCUGACCCCGGCGGAAGUGUCAGCAAACGUUCCACAAUGCAGGAUCUCGUUGAUGGAAAGUGUCCUGAUGUGGAUCAAGCAGUCGAGGAAAUCCAGAACUACGACCAGGAGGUCACGGACGAGUCCCUGGCUGAUCCUGAGAUGGGAGAUGAAGAUAGUAAUGAUGGCGCCAGGGCUGAUGAUGAAGAUGACACUGCGGCUCACAUACGACUGAUGUCUUCACUUGGUUUAGGGAUCACGGUCACCGCUGCUCUUUUCAUGCUCAUGUAA